AUGCUGAAAACCUUUACAGUUCGUCCGCUCUGCGUCAUUCGCUCACUUACAGUUACGCCACUGUCUGCAAAAUUCGCCUCCAAGCACCUUCAUCAGAAGGCUGUCGACACGAGAACAAUCCAGCACCUUCUUGAUCAUGAUAACUUUGAGCACAGGGAGCAAAUGAGGACUGUACUCCUGGAUGAUUUAAUGACACCCAGGUACAACAUUUCUUUGCAAGAAGAGCGAGAAGUAGCCUUGGCUCGGUUAAAACUACUCUGUGAUAACAAAUUGAUCUCAGUGAAGGACUUCCUGUCCAACCCAAAGCGCAUUUUUUCCGCGCACGAAUUGUCAGCUGUACUCGAUCCAUCCAUGACUACCAAAAUGACCGUGCAGUUUAAUCUCUUCGGCGGUACUGUUCUCAAACUCGGUACUGAAAAGCAUCAUCAAAUACUCGAUGGGGUUGAUUCUCUAGAGGAAGUUGGCUGCUUCGGUCUCACCGAACUGGGUUAUGGCAACAAUGCUGUGGAGAUGGAAACCACUGCCACCUACGACAAACAGAAACAAGAAUUUGUCAUAAACACGCCCACACCCAAGGCGUCUAAGUACUGGAUCACCAACGGAGCCCUUCAUGCGCAUCAUUGUGUCGUCUUUGCGCAGAUGUUUAUUGAUGGUCAGCACUACGGUGUUCACACGUUUUUGGUCCCCAUCCGAAGUAAGGAUUUGCAGGCAAGUCGAACCGCCUGUUUGCGGGUGGAUACUUGUUUUUUAAACCUAGAUACACCCAUAGGCAGGCUUGCUUGUAUCGAGUUGGCACAAAACAAGUGCUAG